CAGGUACUGAAGAUGGUAAAGGUUGCAGCUAUUGCCCUUUUUUGUCUCUCUCUCUUCCUUUUUGCUGAUGCUCAAUCAUGCACACAAAACCAAACUCGUCUUUUCAGUGGAUCCUCCUCUAGUAAUGGAGUCCUUCAGGUUUGCAACUCAAGCAGAGUAUGGACUGAUGUCUGUGAUUACUACUGGAACAACAAUGCUCAUUCUGUUGUAGUUUGCAAGCAAUUAGGAUUCACUAGUCCAACUCCUAUAACUGUAUUUAAUGCUGGCCCUGCAUCAACUGGAAAAUUUACAUAUGUGAGCACAUCGAGCUACUGCAGCAUCAGCAGCAGUGUGAUAACUAGCUGUCUGAGUACUUCUUCAUGGCUGCUUCAGUAUAGUUCAUGCUGCUCUAUCUCCAGAGACACUGUUUACAUUGACUGUAAUCCUGAUACUGCCAAUGCUUCUGUUGGUCAAGCCAGACUUUACAAUGUCAGAAAUAAACAUGAAUCAACUGAAGGGAUGCUUCAAAUAGGUGAUGCAGGCAGAAAUUGGACGGCAGUCUGUGAUUACGGAUGGAGUUGCAAUCAUGCAGUGACUGCAUGCAAACAGCUAGGAUACAGCAAUCCAAGCCCAAACUAUAGAGUUAAUGCAGGACCUUGGAUAAAGUUUGGAUAUGGUCCAUAUUCUUACUGUUCAUCUUCAGCCACAAACUUGAACUCUUGUUCUUCAUACUCCUCCAGUUAUAGGACAAACCCAAGUUAUUGUGAUACAAACAGAGAUACUGUUUACUUAAAGUGCAAUGUCCAACUAACCUGUUCACCUAAUUACUCAGUUCGUCUUGUUGGAGGCAAGGACUCAUCUGAAGGAAGGGUUGAAGUGUGUUACAAUGGAAUCUGGCAUGCUCUCUGUGGCACCUAUAUUGAUCAAUAUUUUGCCAGUGUGGUUUGUAACCAGCUUGGUUUUACCAUUAGCAACUUUUCUACAACUAUUGCUGAUGGUCGCUAUGGCUAUGGCAAUACUUCUAGUUACUUCCCUGGCAGUAUCUAUUGCUUCAGGUUGAGAAACAAUAUUAGUAGCUGCUACUAUUAUGGGAGCUUCUCCUCUAGCAAGUGUAUGACUCAAUGCAGCUCAUACUAUAUUGGCAUAAAGUGCAUUUCUUCUGGUGAUAAUUGCAAUGAAGGUGAGGUUCGUCUGGUCAAUGGCACAGAGGAGAGAGAGGGACGUCUUGAAGUCUGUGCUAAUGGAGUGUGGGGGACAGUCUGUUCCUACAGCUUUACUCGUGCUGCAGCUUAUAUAGCCUGCAAGCAGCUUGGCUACAAUGACUCUAAUGAUGCCAUCAUUGAUACAAAUGCAUAUGACAAGUUUGGUGGUGGAGACAAGCCCAUUGUGUAUAGUUAUGUUGACUGCUUUGGAUUAGAAACUCGUCUCUCACAGUGUGACAAGAGUGUUUUUCCUACAUUCAGUUGUUACUAUGGAUCCAUUGUUGGGCUGAAGUGCCUUGACAUUUGCAAUGAAGGCAAGAUUAGACUUGUUGGAGGUAAGAAUUCACUGGAAGGAACAGUCGAAAUAUGUAUAGAGAAAAGAUGGAAACUUAUUUCUGAAAGUGGAUGGGAUGAUACAGAUGCUUCAGUCGUCUGCAGGCAGUUGAAUCAUACUGGUGGUGAGGCUGUUUUGAAUUCACUGUUUGGUGAGCCAAAGAGAGCCAUUGUGUACAGCAAUGUCAACUGUCGUGGGACAGAGACAGAGCUAAGAAACUGUACACACAAUCGUCUCUACCCUGAGAGAGUAGACGGUGAUGUAGCUGGAGUCAGAUGCUCACCAGCACAUAUUUUUCCUGGAUAUAAAAUUUUGCGAAAUUGUUCCUUCUAAGCAUUCACAGAUAAA